AUGGAAGCGCUAAAACCUCCCCAGCAGCUUGAUUUGGAGGCACAAAACCUCCCGCAGGUAUGGGCACUCUGGAAGGAAGAAUUGAUGUUAUAUCUUGACCUUGCCAUGGCUGACAAAGAAGAUAAGACAAAAGUAAAGAUGAUGCUGUACCUUGUUGGCAGUAAAGGGAGAGAGCUUUAUCAAACCAUAAAGCCAGCAACAGAGACCUUGGAGGAAGUUGUCAAGGCAUUUGACAAUCAUUGCAAUCCUCCCCGCAACGAGACUGUGGAUCGGUUUAAAUUCUUCACAAGGGAUCAGCAAGCUGGAGAGACAUUUGACACGUACUUGACAGCAUUGAAACUGCUGGCUGCCAACUGCAAUUUUUCUACGCUUGCAGAUGGUCUACUAAGAGACCGCAUUGUAUGUGGAAUUAGAGAGUCAAGCUUGAGAGAGAGGCUUUUGAGAGAAACGGCGUUGUCUUUGGAGGGGUGCAUCCAGAUUUGCCGUGCAUCCGAACUGACAAAGAGUAGAAUGGGUGUAUUAGAUGGAGACGCAGUGCAUGCAGUGAGGGAGUCCUCUAUCCAGCACUCCUCUCAUAAGCAGUCAACAAAGCAGAAGCCUGGAACCCGCAAACCACGUAAAUGUCGAUACUGUGGGCAAGAGCAUGAAUUCAUCAAGGAGAAAUGUCCUGCUUAUGGGAAACAGUGUGCACGAUGUGGGAAAUAUAACCAUUUCAAGAACCAGUGUAAGACCAUGCUGAGCAACGUACAUGGUGUUAGCAGAGAAGGAGAAGAGGAGGAUCCAGACUUCACUCUACAUGUGAUCACCCUUGAACCAGAAGAGAUAAAAAGUAUUCAAGAAAGGCCAAAGAAACGGAUCUUUGCAAACAUGAUGGUCCGUGGGCAUUCAGUGAGAUUUCAGGUAGAUUGUGGGGCAACCUGCAACGUGCUUCCUUCUUCAUGCAUUGACACAAGUACCAUGUCGCUUCAGCCUACCAAGGGAUUGCUGUCAAUGUACAAUAUGAGUACAGAACAACCAAUGGGAAAGUGCACGAUAGAAGUUGUCAAUCCCAAGAAUCAAGAGAUCUUUGAUGUGGAGUUCAUCAUUGUGGAUAAUGGGAAGCUGACUCCUAUACUGGGUAGUGAAACCAGUCAAUUGAUGGGCCUAAUCACCGUGCAACAUGAAAACAUCAUGGAGGUGACUGACUUGCCACGGCUGAGCUCAGCGGAGCAACUGAGCCAUGAGUAUUCUGAUGUGUUCGAUGAUAGAGUUGGGAAGCUACCUGGCCAGUACAAGAUAGAACUGGACCCAACAGUAAAACCUGUUGUGCAUCCUCCAAGACGGGUACCAGUUGCUAUUAAAGAGAGACUGAAAGCUGAGCUAGUGAGACUGGUAGAAGCAGAUGUUGUAGCCCCAGUCGAUACUCCAACAGAAUGGGUCUCCAGUCUUGUGUGCGUCAACAAACCUAACAACAAAUUGAGGGUUUGUCUAGACCCUCAGGACCUGAACAAAGCAGUCAGAAGGAACCACUACCCAAUGAAGAUAAUAGAAGACAUCUUGCCAGAUUUGUCCAGGGCAAAGGUGUUUUCAGUAGUCGAUGCAAAGAAUGGGUUCUGGCACGUAGAACUUGAGGAGGACAGCUCGUACCUAACUACAUUCAACACCCCGUUUGGGCGUUACAGAUGGAAGAGGCUGCCAUUCGGUAUUGCAUCGGCACCAGAGGAAUUUCAGCGUAGGCUAGAUGAAGCACUAGAAGGUCUGCAAGGAGUAAGAACAAUAGCAGAUGACAUCCUGGUGUAUGGUGAGGGUGACACAAUGACAGAUGCAGAAGUAGACCAUGACACCAAGCUGAGAGCUUUGAUGGAACGAUGCAGGGAGAAAAAUCUGAAACUCAACAAACAGAAGUUGAAAUUCAAAAGGAAAGAUGUGUCUUUCAUGGGUCACCUGAUAACUGAGGAAGGAUUGAAACCAGACCCAGCAAAGGUAAAGGCAGUGAGAGACAUGCAGAAUCCAACAGAUGUUGCUGGGGUACAACGCUUUCUCGGAUUUGUAAAUUACCUGAGUAAGUUCCUCCCCAACCUGAGUGAGAUGUGUGAACCUCUCAGAUCACUAACCAAGAAAGAUGUAGAAUGGUGCUGGCUGGACGUGCAUGAUGCUGCAGUCAAAAGCAUCAAGGAGGCUGUGACAUCAGAACCAGUUCUGAGGUACUUUGACAAGGACAUAGGGCUCGUUCUGCAGGCAGAUGCUUCAGAAAAGGGCCUGGGAGCAGCCAUCCUGCAGAAAGGUCAACCGAUAGCGUAUACAAGUAGGGCGCUCACUGAGGCAGAGAGUCGCUAUGCACAAAUAGAAAAGGAGUUGCUUGCAGUUACCUUUGGACUGGAAAGAUUCCACCAAUAUACCUAUGGAAGGAAGGUGACUGUUCAAAGUGAUCACAAGCCAUUGGAGAUCAUUGCAAAAAAAAACAUGCAUCAAGCUCCCAAAAGGCUUCAGAGACUCAUCCUUCGCUUGCAAACUUAUGAUGCUGAUAUCAUUUAUCAUCCAGGCAAGCAGAUGUACAUUGCUGACACGCUAAGCCGAGCGUAUCUUCCUGUGUUGGAAGUGGAUGGAAAACAGACAGAGAUGGAGCAGGUCAACCUGGUGGAUCACCUGCCAAUUGCAAGACCUCUGCUGGAAGAGUUAAAACAGUGCACAGCAAAGGAUGAGGUGAUGCAAGAGAUACAGGCAGUAGUAAUGAAUGGAUGGCCAAUGAGGCAACAGGAUCUUCCAUCUGGUGUCAUACCCUAUUUUCACAUACGGGAUGAGUUAAGCAUCGCCAAUGGUCUCAUCUUCAGAGGUGAAAGGGUAGUGAUACCAAAGAGCAUGAGACAAGGCAUGAUAGAACGACUACAUGCAUCACAUCUAGGGGAAAGCAGUUGUCUGAAGAGAGCACGAGAAUGCCUCUAUUGGCCCAAUAUGAACAGUGAAGUAAAGAACUACAUACAAAGAUGUGAUGUAUGUAGAGCCAUGGGAACCAGACAGCAGAAGGAGCCGCUAAAGCAACAUGAGAUACCGGAGAGACCUUGGGCCAAAGUUGGUGCUGAUCUGUUUGUCCUCGACUCACGUGACUACCUUGUUAUAACAGAUUACUACUCCAACUUCAUUGAGGUGGACUAUCUGACAACUACAACUUCAUCUGGUGUGAUACACAAAAUGAAAGCCCAAUUUGCCAGACACGGAAUUCCAGAGGAAGUUGUAACAGAUAACGGCCCACAAUUCACUUCUGAUGAAUUUGCCAAGUUUGGAGCCAAGUGGGAAUUCAAGCACACAACUACAUCUCCACUUUAUCCUCAGGCAAAUGGGAAAGUGGAAAAUGCUGUGAAGACUGCCAAGUCACUACUCAAGAAGGCUAAGGAAGGACACAAUGACCCAUAUCUGAGUUUGUUGGCAUUCAGAAACACGCCAACACCAGGAUUCUCCUCUAGUCCAGUGCAGCGUUUAAUGAAUAGAAGAACCCGCACUACCCUACCAACAACUGCGAAGUUGCUUGAACCUGCAGUUCCCACUGGUGUGAAAGAACAGAGGGAGAAGACAAAGGAGAAACAAGCUCAUCACUACAAUCGCUCAGUCAAAGAACUGCCUUCAAUGAAACCAGGAGAUGUAGUUCGCAUCCAACCCCACAAUAGGCAAAGGGAGUGGCGCAGAGCGAAGGUCCUUCGUAUGGCAACAGAACCACACUCAUAUGUGGUGAUGACAGAGGAUGGAGCUACAUAUCGUAGAAAUCGCAGACAUCUGCGAUUAGUGUGUGAAACCUGGAGUCGUCGUGAACCAGAUGAUGGAGUGAUGAUUGAACCAAAUAAGCAGACAAACCCAGAUGAUGAGUGUGAUGACCGAUCUGAAACACAAGAGAGGCAGGAAGUAAAGACAAGAUGUGGUCGCACUAUCCACCCCCCUGCCUAUCUCCGAGACUUUGUGAAGUAA